AUGGCGGCCGACUGCAUGUUGUACAUGUGCUUUCGCGGAGAUGGUGGUGGGAAGAUUUGGGCAACUCGGGUGAAAGAGUUAAUGACAGCAGCAUUGGAGGCUGUUACCUACUCCUACUUUUGCAUUGACAACACCAUUUUCAUUGAUGACAGGAUUACUACCCUUGCGCAUUUGCACUGCUUGUGCCUCCGGUCAGCCACAAUGCUCAUCUUCAUUGAAGCUGUUUGUGGUGGUCAGUUAGUGAACAUUCCUCCUCCAUUCUUCACGUCACCGCAUUGGCGUCGUGAUGACGAGGACUCAUUUCGAGUCGACCUCGCUUAG